AUGCUGAACGUGGACCUUCCAAUCCUUUGGACAUCACCGAAGCUGGUGUGUGGCCAUAUCGAGUUGACACAGCAUUCGCUUGUCUUACGGUUGACAAUUCCGAGUUCUCACAAUUGUACCCGGACGUCCUCAUUGCAGGAGGUUCUGGCAAUGACGGGUUGCUUUGUAAGGUGGGAUCUUGGCCAAGCGAGUACUCCUAUGCGUCACAAUACCCCGUGGCGAACCAGAUAA